AUGGCCAGACAGCGUGAAAGAGAUGAAGCAGAGAUGGCCAGACAGCGUGAAAGAGAUGAAGCAGAGAUGGCCAGACAGCGUGAAAGAGAUGAAGCAGAGAUGGCCAGACAGCGUGAAAAAGAUGAAGCCGAAUUCAGGCUUAAGAGUCAAGAAUUAGAAAUUCGACGACUAGAGGUAGAAGGUAUGAAUAAUCGAAGAGUGGCCAAUGAUGCUAGUGAGGAUAAUAACACGAUAAAACUAAUGCAACAGACUCGAUUUUUCGCGGAGUCGUUAAAACAUCUGAUAGGAACGUGUCCGUUAGAGCCAAGAGAUAUUCCUGCAUUCUUUGAACACGUAGAGAAAAUUUUUCGAAACUAUCACGUAGACGGAGAAAUUAAAGCCAAUUUGUUGAUAAUGAGAGUUCAGGUUGAACCCGACAAAAUGAGAGAUGAAUUCUUUGCCCUGAGAAGACAGAAAAGCGAAUCGUACACGAGUUUCGGGGCGAAAUUAUACGGCACGCUGAACCACUAUUUUCAAAGCCGUAACAUUACGGGAUUAGAAGAUGCAAUGAAAUUGAUAUGUGCAGAUAGAAUGAAAGAGUUGCUAUCAAGACAUACUCUGGAAUUUAUUUUGUCACAAGAGCAAGCAGCUUCCUGGAUGAGUCCUGACGUGUUGGCACAAACGAUCGACAAAUAUGAAACUGCCAUGAACAUGAAAGUUUCGAGCGACAAUACAUGUAUGCCGGAGAGUAUCAAUCAGAUACAAUCAUUUCGAGAAAAUGAGCACCAGAUGUAUAGAAUUGAAAGGGAAAUAGGGAAGUCGGUAAAUGAAGCAAAAGUGAAGAGACAAGAUCCGACGUCUGACGUAGAAGAAUCAACCGACGAAGACCAGGAAGUUGUCAAACCCGAUUUAGAAGAGACGGGAAGUAGGGAUAGCGCGGUUGCUGAAAAAUCAACACUCCUUGAAGAACAACUAGCGUGUGAAUCAUUAAAAAGCUCGAGGACAUUCACCAGCAAACUUGAAAAGCGAGCCAACGUGAAGAGCAUAACAUGGACAAUGACAUCUCAUGCGAGAAAAUCAAAUGAAAAAUAA